AUGCAUUCGUUCUGCCUUCUGCUCCUCGUCGCUCUCGCAGCCCACGCCGGGGCCUUCGACCUGGGCCAGACCACACGCUGCGUCCCCGUCCCGCACCAGAUGAGCGUCUGCCAGGACGUGCCGUACUCGGAAAUGCGUUUGCCCAACCUGCUGGGCCACAGCAGUCUGGAGGAAGCGGUUCCUCGUUCGGACGACUGGAGGACGCUGCUUCACACCGGCUGCCACCCGCAAGCCCGGGCCUUCGUCUGCUCGCUCGUCGCUCCCGUUUGCCUGGACAGGUUUAUCCAGCCGUGUCGGAGCGUGUGUAUGGCCGUGAAGGAGAGCUGCGCUCCAGUGUUGGCCUGUCACGGACACGCUUGGCCCGAGGCCCUGAACUGCGACCGGUUUCCAGCGCAGGACGACACGUGUCUGACGCCGCUGCCCAAACACAUCAGCGCCUUCUCUAAAGAAUUCCCUCAGCCUGUGUGUCAAAGCUGCCCAUCAGUGGAAGAAGCCCCAUCUCUCAAAACCGUGCUGGACGCCCUGUGUCUCAACGACUACGCCGUGAAAGCCAAGAUCUCCCGGCGACGCCUGCCGUCCUCCGAGCCGGAGCUGACGGUCGAAGGCCCGGUGGAGUUCAUCCAGCGCGGGCCGCUGCUCCCGUACGACACCGCCAGUCUCAUCCAGCGCUGGCUGCUCAUCAAUCUCAGGUGCGCGCACACUUUGGUUCGUCCCGGGCGUGCGCAGCUCUACCUGAUAACGGGAACCAUGCGUGCAAACGGGUCCAUCCAGCUGUCCAGUCUGUUCCCGUGGCUCAAGAAGGACCUGCACAUCGCCUCGGCCACGCGCAAAUGGAAACACCACAAAUGCUGA